AUGUUCAAAAUAUUACUUUUAGGGUUAUUUUUCUUGAUCUCCAUUCUCACUUUCUCAGCUCAUGAGAUUGCAGCCACAUCACAGAUUGAAGGUUUAACUACUUCAAAGCAACAAAGGACUCAAAGAACAAGUGUGGGAUAUUUGCAUGCUGUUCAACAUACAAUGGUGUCAAAGAAAUCAAAGACAGUUUAUGGGGGAGCCAAUAAUGUGAAGAGUCAUAAGGGAAAAAGUAGUGCAAACACUAAUUUGAUCAAAUCUUCAUCCUUGUUCAUGGUUGUACUAAGUCAUCUCAUUCUAGCAAUGAUUCUGGUUGGUGGUUUCUUUUGA